AUGACACUAUUGAACAUCUUUUGUGCUGAUGUUGUCCUAUUAGAUUCCUUACUCUUGUGUUUCCUUGUUCAGCUUCAGUGCAUUGACUACUUUUUGCAAAUUGCUAAUGUAGAAUCUCUUGCUAUUCAAAAUGUAUACAUCUUUAUUGAACGUCUGCACUUGGCUACUUUGCGCUCCAGUGAAAGGCCUAAUUACGCAUUACAAUUUACAAGAGUGGCUCGUGAUCAAUAUUUUGAAGGACAAAAUUUAGAUAAACAGCAAGGAGUGCAGCGUUGGCAAGCACCAUCUGAUGGAGUCCUCAAACUCAAUGUUGCUGGGGCUCUUCUGCCUAAUGGUCUAACUAGAGGAAUUGGGGGUGUCCUCAGAAACCAUACAGGGAAUUUUGUAGCUGUUUUUGCUCAUAAAGUUCAGUUUGUUUCCUCAGCUAAGCAAACAGAGCUUGUAGCAAUAAAGCAGGGUCUCAAGAUGCUUCAAGAUAAACAUAUUUCAGUGUGUAUAGUUGAAUCUGAUUGUCUAACUGAUGUCCAAGAUUUACAGCAGGAGGAUCACUUGCAACUGGAAUUUGGCAAUCUGCUAGAUGACAUUAAGAGACAAUUGCAACACAACAAUGGAGUAAAUGUGGUUUUUGCUCCAAGGACUGCAAAUGCAGUCGCUGUCGCUCAUAGGCUUGCAGCUGAAGCCUUUGAAUCUUCACAGAACAACGACGGGGAGAGAAUUUCUUUUUGGAUGACAAGAAACAAGGACGAUAAGGUGGGGGAAGUGAUCCCCCUCUUGCAUACGCCUCUCUGUCAUUUUCCUCUUUAUACAAGUCAAAAGCCACCCAAUUCUCCGUUUUCCCCAGACGCCAUCUCCGCCGUCCCUUCACCACCACGCGUAUCCAACCGUUCACUCAUUCCCCUCCCCCCAAUUUCCACGUGCUUCUGGAACAGACGCUCCAGGUCCCCUGCCAUUGGUCGCCAUCAUCCACGCGUCACCCCAGCGCGUAGGUCACGAUUCCCCAAACAACAAACAAGUGGGCCCCCAACUGGGCUCAGAUACUCUGAGGUGGUGGAGAGAGAAAGUGAAGAGCUGGAGGCGAGGGAGAGAAAUGAGAGGGAGGAAGAGGAGGAGGAGGAGGAGAUGAGGAGAGAGCAGGAAAAGAAAGAUGCUGAGGGUUUUGAGCAGCAGCAACAACAACAGAGUCAGAGAGAUGAUGUUCGUAUGUCAAUGUUGCAGAGGCUUAAUCCUACAAACCCUUUGAGGAUUGCUAUUAAUCCUAAAACCAGAAGCGCUGCUCCUCCUCCUCCUCCUCCCAUGAGGUUCCAACAGGCCCAUAAUCCUCGCUCUACUCCAACCCCUCAACCAUCCAUUACAACAUUGAACUCAAGAAAGUACACCAACAAGUUUUCUUUGUUCCUUUUCGUUGUGCACAUGGUGGCGGCUAUUGGGCUAGUUGGUUUUCUUCUGUUCAAGGGAGUUCAAGGUCUGAUAAAAGAUUCAGGCAGUGUUUCAAGAAAGGAGAAAAGGGUGUUGCGGUACUUUCUACCGCAAGUCGAAGCUGCAUCUCUUAUGAGCAUUACUCUUGCAUUUGCCUGGCAAAAGGCAUAUAGGAAAUGGCCUAAGUUUAUGGUACAUUUCAUACUGUGGACCACUUUUGUCAUGACAUUAUCUGCUGGAAUCCUACUAAUUUGUUUCCAAAAGCCUGCUACUACUGGUGUCGGAGUCUGUCUCAUUGGCUUUGCCAUUGGGAAUAGCUUGUACGCUUGUUGGAUCACACCGCGGAUAGGAUUUUGUAGUAAGGUAUUGAUCAAGUCGCUCGAACCUGUGUCAAAGUUCCCUGAUUUGAAUCAACCCACUUACUGGAUGCUUGGGAUCGGAUUCUUGUGGAUGUCUCUAUGGAUUUUAGCAGUGAUUGGAUCCAUGAAUUUCUACUUUACUCCAUUAGUGAUAAUUUUAUUGGUAUUGAGCCUUUGUUGGACAGCCGAAGUAAUGCGGAAUGUAGCUAAUAUAACUGUGAGUAGGGUGAUUGCUUUAUAUUAUCUGAGAGGAAUGCAGUCCAAUACUCAGUUUUGUUUCCAGAGAGCCUUGAGUAAAAGUCUUGGAAGUGCUUGUUUUGGAUCUCUGUUUGUGCCUGCAAUUGAAGCACUGAGAAUCGUUGCACGGGCUUUAAAUCUACUUGAGGGAGAGGAUGAGUUCAUGUUUUCUUGUGCGCAUUGCUGUCUCCAUGUCAUGCAGUCCAUCUUCCGAUAUGGCAAUGGCUGGGCCUUUGUUCAGAUAGCAGCAUAUGGCAAAGAUUUUGUGAGGGCAUCACAAGAGACUUGGGAGCUCUUUGAAAGGCAAGAAGGAGUUGUGCACAUCGUGGAUUCCGACAUCACCAGCUCAAUUUGCUUCCUGACCGGCGUCUGCAGUGGCUCUAUGUGCGUCAUAGUUGUGGCUGCUUGGACCGCCAGAGUACACCUAAGUUUCAUGGCCACCAUUUCCCUGCUUGCAUUCUUCAUUGGAUACCUUAUGACCAGAAUAGCAAUGGCACUACCACAUGCCUGUGUAGGUUGUUACUACGUAUGCUGGGCAGAGAAUCCAGACAACAGAUUAUUUGACAAAACAAUGAAGGAUCGUCUUGCCUUGAUGAAUUCUGGUCGAGAUAUACUCGCCGCCACACCUCGAGUCCCUCACCGGUUCGCAGCAAGGUAAUAGACAGUGACUCUAGCAUUAACACCUUGCCUCCCACACUCUUCUGGAGGAGUUGCAUAAGACUCCCCACACUCACGCUUCGAUGAAUCAAUUUUUGCAUGAACCUUCCUCUUGCAACAUUUAUGCGAGAGAGUCGUCACGAAAAGUAAGAGAGAAGCUAAGUUGUAUAUACACCUGAGGCAUACAGUCACUAUCUUUGGUUACUAUCUAUGGGACAUGAAGAAAAACCAAACGAGCUCCAUUGAAACAUUGUAAAGCUACAAGAGAGAAAUUGAGAGAGAGAGAUGGUGAUUGCUGAUGGAGAAAUUUGAAGGAGAGCGCUGAAGCAUUAUUGAAGGUAGCGGUACUAUUGGGAGCUAGGAACGUGGAGAGCCCACUGAGAUUCCAAUGAACAAGGCCAAAAGCAAGCGUCUUUUGAACGCGUCCUUUGUUUAAUCUAAUACUUGGGCAUAUCCCAUAUGCUUCUAAGACAUAGACAACUAUUCUUCUGUAGUUAUUCAUUUUUUGAUUCAAUGUAAUCUCAUCUUGUAGAUA